GCACAUUUCUUUCUUUCCAGAAGCAGCAUUGUUUUAAUUUACAAUUGUGACAAUUCGGCCGGGGAUGCUUGACUGACUGCGCCUCCUCCGUUUUCCCCCCUGGGAAAGUGCGCCGUGGAAAUGCGAGCUAUAAAAAAUGACCAGGCAAUUGUCAAGGCUUUUAGUUGAACUUCAAGCGUUUUGGCAACAUGUUCCGCACUUUUCCGCUGCUCUGUUUGCUGUUCCUUACGGCUGUCCGUUCGGAAAACUGUGACCAGGAUGCGGGUGCCACGUUAUAUUGCCGCGGUGAACGUGCUCUGCGAAAUGUCCUGCGGAAUUUAAAUCGUAGUGAUCAUCCCCUUGUGGUGGUUAGAGGAUUGGAGAUAGUUCCGCUGCAGAACAAUUCAAUUGCUGAUAAGGAGCCGGAUCAGGAGCAGGGACUUCUGGACACCCUAUCCUUCUAUCUGCGCACCCAUGAGAUCAAUGUUAAGCUGGCAGAUCUCCUGGAGGACGAGGCCCAAGUUUCAGAAGCCCGCAAAAAGGACAAAGGCCAGGGAAUGCUGUUGGCAAUGGCUCUGAUGUUUGGCAAGAUGAUGGCCGUGAUGGGGUUGGGCGGCAUCGCGGCAUUGGCUAUGAAGGCCCUGGGCGUGUCCUUGGUGGCUCUGAUGAUGGCCGGGAUGCUGGGUCUGAAGACAGCCGCCCAGCAUGGCGGAGAGUCCAGUCACAGCAUAUCGUAUGUGACCGGCGAGGGACAUCAUCACAAACGGAGGCGCCGCUCGUCCGGCCAACAACCCUUGGCUUACAGAGGCUGGGACUGAGGCACUGAGGGGCCCAUGAUGUUAUCGUGCAUUUUGUUAGUUCUCAUGUAGCACUUAAAUAAUUUAAUAAUUUAUCCAUCAUGCAACAGA